GUGAUUUCGUCCCUCUCUUCCUCACCUUCCUAUAUAAACAAUUCGCCAUCUCUCCCGCAUCAAGCAUCAACACCUCUCCCUCUCUCUCCCUCUCUCUCCCUCUCUGUCUCAUCCAUGGCUCUCGACAAUGGAGCGAAGCCGGAGGCCAUGCAUGACGCCACGCCGAUAUCCAAGGCGCCGAGAAAUCAGGUCCUGUUGGUACUGAGGCUGGUCGCCUUCUUCGCGACGGCGGCGGCGACGGUUAUUAUGGCACUCAACAAGCAGACCAAGACGAUGGUAGUCGCGACCAUCGGGAGUACGCCCAUAACAGCCACCCUCACUGCCAAGUUCCAACACACCCCAGCGUUUGUGUAUUUCGUGAUAGUGAACGGAAUGGCCAGUCUACAUAACUUGAUUAUGAUAAUUGUCGAAAUUUGGGGAGAUAAGUUCGACUACAAGGGACUGCGUCUUGUGAUGAUUGCCAUUCUUGACAUGAUGACAGUGUCUUUAGCUUCCGGAGGGGACGGCGCUGCCACAUUCAUGGCGGAGCUGGGGAAGAACGGGAACUCCCACGCGAGGUGGAACAAGAUCUGCGAUAAGUUCGGGACCUUCUGCGACCACGGCGGCGGUGCCAUCAUCUCGUCCUUCGUCGGCCUGCUCCUUCUGGUGAUCAUCACCACGCUGUCCAUUGGCAGGCUGGUGAAGCCAAGACCUGCCACUCUCUCCCUUGUAUAGAGACUUGGUGAACCCAUGAGACAAAUCUUUCCUCCGAUCACUUGUCUCCCUUUUGUGUGCGUGGGAUUGGCCUUUGUUGUUUUGAGUGCCAUGUUUACCUUGGAUCCUUCUCAAUGUUUUUACCCUCCUUUUGUUCUAAUAACAGUGCUUUUUAUGUUACUAGAAA